AUGAGAACUUUAGGAUUACUGUCGCUGGUGUCAUUAGUCUUACUUGUCAAAUGCAUUUAUGGUCGUGUGGUCGAUCCAUUACAACCAGCACCUGUACUAAACAAUCGAAAACUUGACAAACGACAGUUGAGUAAUUUCGAUUUUGGUGAAUUUUUUGGUGUUGAUUCAGUGGGCGGCCGACCUUCAACAUUACAAAAUGGUGGAACCUAUAGAGCAGUUGAACAAUUUAGUGCAGAGCCGAUAAAAGGAGAAGUUUUUACACCAGCGCGAAGUGGAAAAUACGAAUCAUAUCAAUUUGAACCACUCCUAAAUGGUGGAAAAUUCGGAGGAGAAGUAGAAUAUGAAAAAUUUGAGCAUGAACACAAAGAAGAGCAUGGACAUGAACAUAAACAUAAAGAAGAGCAUGGACAUAAACACAAACAUGAACAUAAACACAAAGAAGAACAUGGACAUAAACAUAAACAUGAGCAUAAACACAAAGAAGAGCAUGAACAUAAACAUCAUGCCGAACAUAAACAUGGACAUAAACAUAAAGAAGAACACAAACAUGAACACAAAGACGAAGAACAUCAUCACCAUAUCCAUAAACAUAUCCAACAUCAUUAUCAUACUCAUAAACAUGAAGCGCAUCAUCAUCAUAAACAUGUUCAAGAACAUAAACAUGGACACGAGCAUAAACAUGAGAACCAUCAUGAGCAUAAACAUCACGCCGAUCAUCAUCAUAAACACGGGCAUGAACAUAAAGAAGAACAUAAACAUGAGCAUAAACAUCACGAAGAACAUAAACAUGGACAUAAACAUGGACAUAAACAUGGACAUAAAGAAGAACAUAAACAUAAACACCAUCAUGGGCAUCACCAUGGCCAUUAUUCCGGACAUGGCCAUAGUGGAUCCUAUAUACGUGGAUUUUAUUGA